GGCGGUGGGGGUGGGGGUGGCGGUUGGGUUUUCCGGUGACGGGAGGGUCGUUGGGCUGCUGGGACGGAACCCACUUCUUCUUCCAUUUCCGAACUGGGCCGUUGAAAGCUGGGGUGAUGGGCCUGGGCCGGAGCCAUACCUGGAAGAGACCCGCGAGAAUCUCACCCCGAUUCCCUCCAUUACUCCUCUGUAUAUUUGCCGGUGAGAGAUUCUGAUCAAAUCACGGCGUCGUAAUAAAAGGGAGUCUGGAAGAUGAUGUGUGAUGACUUCAAGCUAUAAGAGUGACUACUUGGAACUUUAAUCCGAUGGUGGGCCCGAUCUUGUAUUGCCUCUCCUUUGACCACUUGUCCUUCUUGCAUCAUCAUGACAUCAUCCAUCAGUACAGUACUAUUUCCAAGUAGUAGGCACUUGUACUGUGUUUGCUUUUGCAGAUUGUUAUGCUUGUGUUCAACACCGCCUAAACGCCUCUGAGGCUUCUCCGGGCGUAUACGCCGGAGAGAUGCAGUCUUGUAGCGGUGCUGCUGCAGUAAUGGGUUCUCUUCAACAACCCGUUUGGGUUCAGGGAUCAGCUUUUCCCUCUAAAGGGUUCAGCCAUGGUGUCAGUCAGAACCAACUGAAAAUGAUAUCUGUUGGGCCCCUUAAAAGUUCCAAGUUUGAAGCCAGCUUGGUCACCGGGAGACCUCCAUCUUCCUUUUCUGUUGCCAUGCCUGAAGCAGGAGGUCUUCAAGGUAGCUUUUCCGACAGCAGCUUGGGAAAUACUGAUCCUGAAGUGCAAUCUAUAAUUGGCGAUGAAAAGGAAAGGCAAUUUAGAAACUUAAGCCUUAUUGCCUCUGAGAACUUUACAUCCAGAGCUGUGAUGGAAGCAGUCGGUUCUUGCCUCACAAAUAAGUAUUCUGAAGGUUUGCCUGGUAAAAGAUACUAUGGUGGGAAUGUGAACAUUGACAAGAUGGAAAUUCUCUGUCAAGAAAGGGCUUUGAAAGCAUUUCACUUGGAUGGGAAGAAGUGGGGAGUGAAUGUUCAGCCUCUUUCUGGUUCUCCUGCUAACUUUGAAGUCUAUACAGCUAUUCUUAACCCACAUGACCGCAUAAUGGGAUUGGAUUUACCUCAUGGAGGACACUUGUCUCACGGAUUCAUGACUCCUAAAAGACGUGUAUCUGGCACAUCCAUUUAUUUCGAGUCAAUGCCUUACCGGCUAGAUGAAUCUACAGGCCUUGUAGAUUAUGACAUGCUCGAGAAAACGGCUAUUCUCUUUAGGCCAAAACUAAUUAUUGCCGGCGCAAGUGCUUAUCCUCGUGAUUUUGAUUACCCACGAAUGCGCAAGAUUGCAGAUUCUGUUGGUGCUUUCUUGAUGGCUGAUAUGGCUCACAUAAGUGGACUUGUAGCUGCCUCAGUUGUUGCUGAUCCUUUUGAGUACUGUGAUAUUGUGACUACAACAACACACAAGUCCUUAAGAGGCCCUAGAGGAGGAAUGAUCUUCUUCAAGAAGGAUCCUGUUCUUGGUGUUGAUUUAGAAUCAGCCAUCAACAAUGCAGUUUUCCCAGGGUUACAGGGUGGUCCUCAUAACCAUACAAUUGCGGGUCUUGCUGUCUCUUUGAAGCUUGCUCAAUCACCAGAGUUUAAGACUUACCAGAAGCAGGUGGUAUCAAAUAGUAGAGCUCUUGCAGACAGGUUAAUCAGCUUGGGAUACAAAUUGGUUUCGGGAGGGAGUGAUAACCACUUGGUUCUCGUGGAUCUCAGGCCAUUGGGGAUUGAUGGUGCUAGAGUGGAGAAAAUACUCGAUAUGGCAUCGAUUACUUUAAACAAGAACUCAGUCCCAGGUGACAAAAGUGCACUUGUGCCAGGUGGUAUACGCAUGGGUGCUCCUGCUAUGACUACUCGAGGUUUCAGCGAGAAGGACUUCGAAUCAGCAGCAGACUUCAUCCACGAGGGUGUGCAGAUUGCUCUUGCAGCCAAAAAGGCUGCCCCAGGUUCCAAGGUUCAAGAUUUCAUGAAGUUUGUUGAGUCUCCAAACUUCCCGCUCACCCAUCGGGUAUCAGAAUUGCAGGGAAGAGUCGAAGCUCUUACGACCAAGUUCCCAUUACCCGGUGUAUGA